CUGAAGUUACCGGUACGGACUGUCCGUGCAUUUGAUUAACGCGUGUGUUUUUGUUGUUUUUAUUUUUGUUCAUUGUGUACCUAACAAAAAAAAAAGUGUAAGUUUCGUUUCUUUGAGUUUUUGGGCACACCCUGUCUAAGUUUGCCAUGGAGUUGACAUCGUUGCAACUCUUUGGCAUUUUUCUGGCCUUAGUCAUUGCUGCGGUAUGGACACUAUUUUUACGUGUGCGUCAUCAGCCGCCAGGACCCAUGGGCUUACCGUUGGUGGGUUAUUUGCCAUUCAUAGACAGCAAAGCACCGCACAAGACAUUGCAGGAACUGGCCAUGAAGUAUGGUCCCAUAUACAAACUGAAAAUGGGUAGUAUCAACACUAUUGUUGUAUCGGAUGCUGCAUUGGUGAGAGAAUUCUUGAAGAGGGAAGAGUUCACAGCACGGGCUCCUUUAUAUGUAACACAUGGCAUAAUGGGUGGUUAUGGGUUAAUAUGUUCCGAAGGCCCUUUGUGGAGGGAUCAACGACGUCACACCAUUGAUUGGUUAAAGUCGUUGGGAAUGUCUAAGAAAUUUGGCGAAAUUCGAACCAGUCUUGAGCAACGAAUUUUAAAAGGUGUCCAUGAAUGUGUACAGUGUCUUCAAAAUGAUUCUGAGAAUUUUUCGGUGCCCGUCAAUACUCUGCCAGCACUUCAACACACUUUGGGCAAUAUUAUGAAUGAUCUCGUGUUUGGCAUAACCUAUGCACGCGAUGAUGUCACUUGGCGUUAUUUGCAGGAGUUGCAGGAAACUGGUGUUAAACUUAUUGGCGUCUCUGGAGUAGUGAAUUUUUUGCCAUUCCUAAGAUUUUUACCUACCAAUCAGAACAACAUUAAAUUCCUACUUGAAGGCAAGGAAAAAACGCAUAGAAUAUACGAUGAUAUCAUACGAAAAUGUGAGAGCAAACUGCAAGCAAGAAAGUUUAGCCCAACGAGAGAAAAUAUGAGGAACUCUUGCAUCUUGGAAUGGUUUCUGGAACAGCGCGAGGAAUUGAGAAAUCACGUCGAUCCCUAUCAUCGUUCCAAAUGUGAUGAAUACUUUUGUGAUUCUCAACUAAGACAUCUUUUGGCUGAUUUAUUUGGCGCUGGUGUCGAUACAACAUUGUCUACGCUGCGAUGGUUUCUGCUGUACAUGGCAAAGGAGCAGGAUAUUCAAAUGCGAUUGAGAGAGGAUUUACAAACACUGCCCAAGGACAAAAUAACCCUGAAUGAUCUCGAAUCUAUGGAUUACCUGCGUGCCUGUAUAUCUGAAGUGCAGCGUAUUAGAUCGGUAGUACCUUUGGGCAUACCACAUGGCUGUCGUUGGGAUGUACAGGUUAACGGUUAUGGCAUACCUAAAAAUUCCAUGAUUUUACCUAUGCAAUGGGCCAUACACAUGGACCCACGCAUAUGGCCCGAACCGGAAUCUUUUAAGCCCCAAAGAUUUCUCAACGAUGAGGGUAAAUAUCAACAGCCCCCCGAUUUUAUACCCUUUCAAACGGGAAAGCGCAUGUGCCUGGGAGAGGAUUUGGCCCGAAUGCUUAUGCUUCUUUACACCGGUGUGCUGUUAAGAAAUUUCGAAUUUCAUCUCAACGAGGAGACAACAAACGAUUUCGAGGGAGAAUGUGGCAUUACUUUAAUGCCAAAACGACACUAUUUGGAGUUGGAAGCUAUAGCGAAAUAAAAAUCAAAGGGAUUUUUUUUUUUAUUAUUUUUUCAAAAAAUAUAUUUUUUUAUAUUUUAGAAUGAAUUUUUAAAUGUUUGUGUUUUCUUAUGAUAAAAAUACAUUUAGGCUUAGCAUGCUAAUU